ACGCGCAGUCAGGAGGACCGGACCGGAGUCUGGAUGCUCGGUGCGGUGCAGUGUGAUGGUGUCCGGUCGGUGCCGGUUAUGUAAGUCCGGUUUGGUGAGUUAAAGGAACGGACUUACGGACGGACAGCGCGCAGGGAGCUCCGGUGUGAGCGGAGCGGAUUGGUUCGUUCAGUGCUCCGGUGCAGCUCUUUCUGCGACGAAACCUGACGGAAAUAUAAACGCACCCGUCAGUAAAACAUCCCCGCCCUCCUAGAGCGAACGGUCGAAUAUUUCAGCUUAGCGUUUUUGGACAAUGAACUGACCGCUCACAGAACAGCUUGGACCAGCCGGCGGAGAGAAGCUAACAGCCGAAGCCGGCGGAAGGUUUUGAGUGACCAGACAGACGGACAGGAUGCUCCAGCCUCCAUUGGAGGGACGGGUGGGAGAGGGAGCGAGCAUGGACAAGCUUUCUGAAUUCGGUGGGCUCUGUCCAGCCAGCCAGAGGGAGUGGGACACCGUUAGCUGUGUGGACGAUCUAUUAGAGGAAGAUGAGAAGGACAAAGCUAAAAGAGCCUCCCGUAACAAGUCGGAGAAGAAGAGGCGAGACCAGUUCAACAUCCUCAUCAAGGAGCUGUGCACCAUGCUGCAGGGACAGGGUCAUCCACGCAAGAUGGACAAGUCCACCAUCCUCCAGCGCACCAUCGACUACCUGCAGAAGCAGAAAGAGAUGACCGCUCAGACCGAGUCGUGCGAGAUCCAGCCGGACUGGAAGCCCUCGUUCCUCAGCAAUGAAGAGUUCACCCAGUUAAUGCUGGAGGCGCUGGAUGGAUUCCUGAUCGCACUGAGGACCGACGGGAACAUCGUGUACGUGUCCGACAGCGUCUCCUCUCUCAUCGGUCAUUUACCGUCAGACAUGGUGGACCAGAACAUCCUGAACUUCCUGCCCGAGCGCGAACACGCCGAGGUCUACAAACUGCUCUCCACACACCUGAUGAGCGACGCCAUCACUGCGGACUACCUGGAGGGCAACGAGACCCAUAUCGAGUUCUGCUGCCACUUAGUGAGAGGGAACAUGGACCCGAAGGACGCCCCCACCUACGAGUACGUCAAAUUCGUGGGAGAUUUCAAGUUCCAGAGUUACGCUCCUACGUCCUCGUGUAACGGCUACGACCUGGUGUUUCCCCGCGCGCUCCAGUCUUCUCUGGAGGAACAGGUGUGUUUAGUGGCUACCGUUCGACUGGUCACACCACAGUUCCUCAAGGACUUGUGUUGCGUUGAGGACCCGUGUGAUGAAUUCACAUCGAGACACAGCCUGGAGUGGAAAUUUCUCUCUUUGGAUCACAGAGCCUCUCCCAUCAUCGGCUACCUGCCGUUUGAGGUGUUGGGGACGUCGGGCUAUGACUACUACCACGUGGACGAUCUGGACCUCAUCGCUCAGUGCCACAAACAGUUGAUGCAGUGUGGGAAGGGGAAGUCGUGCUAUUAUCGGUUCCUGACCAAAGGCCAGCAGUGGAUCUGGCUGCAGACGCAUUACUACAUUACGUACCAUCAGUGGAACUCCAAACCUGAGUUCAUCGUCUGUACACACACGGUGGUCAGCUAUGCUGAAGUCCAGGCGGAGAAGAGGAGAGAGCACGGACUGGAAGAGAGCCUGGAUUUGUCCACCACCUCAUUAAAGGGGCAGGAAGUGUGUCCGGAUGUAUGCGCCCCUAUGGACACAUCCCGGGACAGAAUGGGCUGCGCUCCAUCACCCUCCUCCCACAGCUCACGCAAAUCGACACACACCGCCGUGUCCGACUCGGCCUCGAACUCUUCGGCCCACUAUAAAGAGAGCUGCACCCCAUCCAGACAGUCGGUGUCUGUGGGACCUGAGAGCUCCAGCAAUCUGAAUCACAGCGCUGCAAAGACCCUGGCUCAGAGACAGAGUUCACUGGAGCCCCGUCCACCCUCCCCCUCCUGCACUCACCCCUCAGUCAUGCACCAGGUGGCGUGUGCAGGUCUCCCCCAGCCUCAGCUCGGUGUGAUGCACCAGCUAAAGGAGCAGCUGGAGGAGAGAACACGAAUCCUGCAGCUCGACAUCAAGAGCCAACAGCAGGAAUUACAUCACAUCAAAGAGAAACUACAGCUCACCAAUAUACAGAUGUUGAUGCAGCAGCCGGUGAAUGUAGAUUUCCCCUCACAGUCUUCAGCCCCAAACAGCCAGUCAGGGGUUCCACACCAUAACAAUACACACUCACACCAAACACAUCAAACACACCAGACGCACCCCAAACCCUCGCAGUGUGCAUCACACACCGUCCCAUCACACACACUGCACCGAGAACAGCCCAGCAUCUCGACAACACAGCAAACUCUGGUCCACAGCAGCACGAUGCAGAACGUGUGUGUCCCGGUCCAAACACACACCAGCCUGACGAUGCCUCUCUACAGCAACCCCAUGAUGUUCUCACCCAACCACCAGGGAUACCGCCAUGCAGCGGACACACACACACCGCACACCAACGUGCAGAACACACACACUCACGCGAGCCCGGAUGCACAGCUACGGAUGCUGUUAAACCAGCCGGUGCAGAGUCUGGUUCCAGACGGCGGCGGUGCUCAGACACCACACUGCAGCGCCACCAUGCAGCAAACCAAGUAUCUGGACGAGCAGGUGAUGGCGUCUUCGUUCCCCGUGCAGCAGGUCAGCUGCAAUGCCGUGUUCGUCCCCUCCCCUGUGUUCACAUCACCAAUCAUGAUCUCCCACAACAGUUUCCUCGCCCCUAGGACUCCGCUCGCCUACGCCGACGGUCCUCCGAGGUCACAGCACGGCCUGCACAUCCAACAGCAUCAGCAGUUCUUUCAGGUGCAGCCGCAGGGUCUGAUCCAGAGCGCCCCCGCUCAGACUUUUUUCCACGCCGCUAACAUCCCGCAGCAGUGCACUAUGGGAUACGUGCAGCAGCAGCAUCCGCACCAGCAGCAGCAUCAGCAGCACCUUCGUUCCCAGCCUCAUCCGAGCAGCCUGUCGGAUUACAGAAACAUGCUUCCACGGUAGCCCCGCCCCUACGGAAGAGCCAGAGAGGCUGCUGGGAUAGCGUGUGGAGCGGCCCGCUCCGAAAAAGCAAGGGAUGACGGAAAAGGCUAAGUGCAUUAAUCAUGCCACCGAAGUCGUCAAGCGAGGCGGCUGGUUAAGGAUCUCUGCCUUCCAGACACCGCAGGCAAAGGAUGCUGGGAUACGCAGGACGACCUAGCUGAGGUGAGGACACGGAGGAAACCUCACGCCUGAAUCCAGUGCUGCUUUUAUAGGGUCAUGUGACCGGCACAGUGAAGACGAACCUUCUCCAAGAUCUGGACGAUGAACAUUAAUCUGAACGUUCACAUAAACGAUGAGUUUUUGUAGUUUCUUUUGUCCUGGAGAAUUUUGUUGUUAUUGUUUUGUUUCAGGUUUGAGCUCAACGUGAUUGCAAACACAUAAAAAACUAGCACAGAACAAACAAACCUCGGUUUUGGACCAGCACCGAUACGCUGCAGUACAAUUUAGUCGUACAGUCACUUAUUACGAAGGAAGAAGGCGUCAGAAUCGUUUACAAACAAAUGCAGGUGCGUUAAAGUCGAGCCAAGUUGUUCCUAGAUGAAGGAGAAAUCGUCUCAUGCACCAGCAGCAGCACCUUGUUUAACGGUCAGUGGGUCGUUACCCUGCUUAGUUAUCGGCCCUGGUGUCUCUGAGGUGAAGUCAAGUCAGGUCAAUGUCAGUCAGUUUUUACAGUUAACAUUGUCUCAAAGCAACUUUAAAGAAUCCAGGACCGACAGACCAAAAACCCCUGUGGAGCAAGCCGAGAGUAACAGUGGCAAGAAAAAUCUCCCUUAAAAUUACAGGAAGAAAGGAACCAGACUCAGCAGGGACCUCAGUCCUACUAACCCAAGAACAGUAUCCACGCUGCUAGUGUGUAAAACGAUAUCAACACCCAAAACUCGUAUAUAUGACAGACGAACACUUAAGCGGUUAAACUGCGUUGGGACCUGCACACAAACCACUUGUCUGCACUGGGUUUUGUGCUUUAGUCCCUGGACUGUAAACACAAUAAGGGCGGAUAAGAUGUGGUUUUGCCUUGACUCCAAUAUUGAAUAUUGCAUAGCUAAAAUGCAUUGUCCCUGCAAUGUAAGCUACAGUGGGCUUUGUGUUACCAUCGUUGGACUGUAGAUGACUGGAAAAGCAUGAUUUAGUCUGAUAAUACGGCUAUGCACAAGUACUGAGGGAAUUCCCCAUAGGUGCUGCAAUUACUCCCUCUGCUGGCUAAUCGAUGGUGCUGCACAGAGACGGGGGAUACUGGAGAUCGGUGCGUGACUCUCCGUGUGCGAUACGGAUCUCCGUAUUUAUUUAUAAUAAAUAAAUAAAUAAAAGAACCUUGGACAAUCAUAACAGUGAUCAGUAUGUUAACAGCCUGUAAUUGACUGUGAGUAGAGAAAUCUAGCUGGUGGACGUGCUGUUGUCUAUUGUUUACAAUGCAAUAAGCUUGCAAACAGUAGCUAAGCUAACUACAGAUGAAUUGUGAACGCAGGGUACGUGACUAUGGUACGAUAGCACUUAGCGAUAUCAUAUUUCACUGUGCAUUUUUCUCUUCACUCUUUUAAUCUGAAUGAAACAGAAACAAAUAAAUUAGGAAAUAUUUUAUCAAUUCA